ACAAUAUCUCUGGUAUUGAAGAGGUAAAUAUGUUCACAAACCAAGGAACAGUGAUCCACUUUAACAACCCUAAAGUUCAGGCAUCUCUGGCAGCAAACCCUUUCACCAUUACAGGCCACGCUGAGACAAAGCUGCUGACAGCAAUGCUACCCAGCAUCUUAAAUCAGCUUCAUGCAGACAGUCUGACUAGUUUAAAGAGACUCGCUGAGGCUCUGCCCAAACAAUCUGUGCAUGGAAAAGCACCACUUGCUACAGGAGAGGAUGAUGAUGAAGUUCCAGACCUUGUGGAGAAUUUUGAUAAGGCUUCCAAGAAUGAAGCAAACUAA